AGGGUGUGACAGUUGUGUCCUUACAUGGUGAACAGACAAUUCAGGUGCAGAGUGUCAUUCAGACAACUCAGGCAUCAGUUAUACAGCCUCCUCAAAUACAAACUGUACAGAGUGACACAAUAUAUUCAACAAGAACAUUUUUUGAGCAGAAUUGAUUUUAUUCAUCAGGAAUUUAUUGGAUCAUGAAAAGUGGGCGUUACCAAACAGGAGUGGAGACAGGUGGUAGUGAGGGAGCAGUUAUAAAAUUAAGGGAGAUUUUGUGAAUUCAGCCAAAAAGUCAUUUUUAGAGGCCGCACAAGUUUUAAUGAAAUUUCAAUGAAUUAUAAUGAAAAAUAACGAAGACAGAAGGAGCGUUCCAAAUUGCACACUUCUGCACUAUUCUACGCAUAGUGUAGUGUAAGUACUGCGAGUAAGUUUACACCGAAAAUGCAACAGAAAGAAGUGUACUACGAGUACCCGGAUGAGGCACUUCUUCAGUCGAUAAAAUGGAGUGUGGAACAUUGGACACUUCAUGCACUCAACGGCCGUGGCUUGCCCUAUGUAGCGGAACGGGUGGAGUUACGGGGCCACAAAGCUGGCCUGACAAAACAAUUGUAAUUAAUGAUGAAUGUGGCAACUAGCGAAACAUCUGUGAAGACAGCACCUUUCAAAUGUGAGUUGAAUGCUUUACCAUCACCCCAAGCUGUGUGAAUCUUUACAUUAUUUGAGAUAUAAGUGAUUAACUGAGAUUGGCCAGCAUGCUAAAGCUGAAACGCCCCCUCCAUCAGCUGAAAAACAGUGAGUGCUUUUGUGUAGUAAGAAAACAUUAGUGUUCCAUUUGGGAUAGUAUUUCAAUUUGAAAAUGAAUGAACUACAGGACAUGGCUUAGUGUAUAAUGUAUAUUGUAAGUGCAUGGUGUAUAGUGCAUCAUUUAGGACACGGCUAGACAGUUUUAUCGUUUGGAAUAACAUGCAUAGUUGAAUCCUGUAUAAUAAGAACAAUAACAUGCAUUAAAAAAGGAAAUAUGGUACAUUUUAAUUUCAAGUCCUUCAAACACAGUCCAGUUAUUCAUUCACCUGUUCCUUGAUCUGGAGUUUUUAACCAAUCACAUUAUGGAAAGUUAGAGCAGCAACCAAUCACAGGGCUCAUACUGGGAUCAAUGGGAUGAAGAAGAAACAGAUUGACAUAGGUACAUGCAGAGUAAGAAUAGCAGUAUGUAGCAGUAAUGAGAUUGAAGUUGUGUGAAAGUCAAUUAUGCAUCUGAUCUUUUUGCGUGCUCACACACACUUACGUCAGACAAAUCAAAUCUCAGGAGAUAUAAGACUCACGAUCACAUGGCAUGUUGAUAUAGAACGUAAUGUAUAAUUCAUCAAGUGUUUCCUUUGUUACAGUGCUUUUUAAAAGCUCCAAAUGACAUGAAUUAUUUAGUUAUGUGUGGAUGUUUUCAGGUAGCUGCUACUGGUAGCUUGGGUACAACACCAUCAGAUCCUCAGAAGAGGAGAGAGAUUCUGUCCAGACGACCUUCUUACAGGAAAAUCUUUAAUGAGUUGUCAUCAGAUGUACCUGCUGUGCCAAAGAUUGAGGAAGAGGACAAAGUGGAGGAGGAAGCCCCACCCUCCUCUAGUGUUGCUACGGUGACAGCACCAUCUUCAAUUUACCAGACCAGCUCAGGGCAAUACAUUGCAAUCACUCAAGGUGGAGCGGUGCAGCUGACUGGACCUGGAGGAGAGGCCUUGCAGGGGGUUCAGGCUCUGACUCUCCCCAGCCCUGCCACACCGCAGCCUGGAGCAACUAUUCUGCAGUAUGGGGCCCAACCCGGGGACUCUGGACAACAGCUUCUGAUGUCUGCUGGACAGGUGCUCGUUCAGGCUGCCACAGGAGACAUGCCAGCAUAUCAGAUCCGCUCCCCGUCGUCAGGGCUAGCGCCAGGCGUUGUUAUGGCAGUGUCACCGGGGGCGAUGCACAGCCCGCAGCAGAAUGCAGAGGAGGUCACACGCAAGAGGGAAGUCCGCCUGAUGAAGAACAGGGAGGCGGCGCGUGAGUGUCGCAGAAAGAAGAAAGAAUAUGUGAAGUGUUUGGAGAAUCGUGUUGCUGUGCUGGAAAAUCAGAACAAAACUCUCAUAGAGGAGCUGAAAGCUCUCAAAGACAUCUAUUGCCAUAAGCCAGAAUAACACUCACAAACACUGCUGAAAGAGUGGUUCACGGACUACAUUUUCUUCUACUUUUCCUGGAUUUGAUUGUUUUUGUUCAUUCGUUUGGCCAAAUAGUUCUGUAAGAAGUUGCUAACAUUGCUUUGAGGAUAUUAAGGUCAACUGCAACCUGUGUCUUGGUGCUUUUCACACAGUGUGCGAAAGCACCAUGUAUUUAUUUCGCCAUAUGUAUUUCAGCGCUAUAAAUAUUUGUCAACACCAUCUUUCUCAAAAUAAUCAAAUUAGUAUCGUUUAUGAUGCAACAUAAAAUACAGGAACAAACUGCUCACUCAUUGUUUGAAAGAAGACAUCUGUUGUGCUUGAUGCAAGUUCCACACAAACAUGUUACAUUCCCUAUCUGACUUAAUUCAGAUGAUUCAAGCAGUUUAUUUCUACACUGGGUUCUGCUCUGUGUUAAUUAAAUAUAAUUUGGAUAUAACUAUGUCCCUCAUUCAUGUAAAUCAUGUUUCACAGCAACCAAGUUUGCUAUAACUCUCAGUGGCCUACCCCUGAUUACCAUUUUAUGAUUUAUGGUCGUUAAUAAAAUAACUUUCUGUAUAGAGUCGCAGCUCAAUUACACAGCAAAAACAUUGUCAGUGACUUUGACUAGAGCUUGGCAGUGCGAUACUGUGGAAAUUGUAUUAUAUAAUAUUAUGGAUAAAAGCUGAUAUGAUAUGAUAAUGUAAAUUUGUGAAAGCAGAUGUUAAGCAGGCCUCUUCCUCUGUCACACACAUUCAUAUUAAUAAGAUGGAUAAAUGUGUAUAUUAUUGCUGUGUUCUCCGUCAAAAAAACUGGAACUCCUCAUUGUAAUGUGUGGAAAAAUAAAUUGGUGUUUUCCUUUUCUUUUUUUAAUUAUUGAAAAAAAAAAAGAGAGAAAAGUUUAUCAAGCGUUAUUUUCCAUAUUUCAGUUUUUAGGAUUCUGGUGUGUCUCUGUGUGUGGGUCUUCUGUUUUUCAAACUAUGCUAGCCAUGACCUCACCUUCAUGUACAGCCAGUUACGUUUCUGUGUUUUUGAUGAAAUAUUUUAUGUAACCUGAGCAGAAAAUGAAUAUUGUUUCAUAUUUAAAUAGUCUAUGGUUUUAAUUAAUCUCACAGACUCUUCAGAUUGAUGUUAAUAUAAAAAAGAUUGUAUCCCCUUCCCAUCUUUUACACUGUACAGAGUGCUGACAUCUAUUUUUAAUAAAAUAUUUUUAUACAUGUACAGAAUCUGCAUAUACAUUUGUGGUGAAACCUGCAUUAUGAGUAGCACUAUUGUUUGUUUUUCUUUGUGCCAUUGGAUAGAGCUAAUAAUGUUGCAAAGCAUUUUAAUUACAGAAUUACUCUAUCAAACACACAUAUAGACCACAUAUACAGUAGUUAGUUUCUUGCCACAAGAGACUGAUACAGUCACACAAGUCUACACAAGAAUGUAGAAGUAUUAUUCCCAAACAGAUCCUCUGCGUACAUCUGCAAAUGUGACCUUUAAAAAUGUGUUUUGUCUCAGAAUUUUGUGUUCUGCAAGAUAUGCAGUUAAGUAAAAAAAAUGAAGUAAAGACUGU